AUUGAACAGUCAUAACUGAGCGGUGGUCGUUAAAUCAGCGACAUAAUUCUAAAGUAUUUGUGCAGUUCGUUGUGCAGUGAUUAGAUAAUUCAAAAUGACCUCCAGUGAAGAUUUUAAUCGGCAGAUAUCUUUAAAUAAUAAUCACACCCAAAUACAAAAAUUCAAGAGCUUUGUUUUAAAAGAGAAGUCUGUAGAAAUAACAUUUGGAAAUGGCAGUAUUAUAAAGUUUGAAGAUUGCUGGUUACGGGACAAUUGCAGAUGUGGAGAAUGCUAUAAUACGGAAACUUUUCAACGUUCGAAACACAUUGUUGAUAUACCAGAUUCCAAUAUUGAAAGCUUUUGCCUUGAUGACUCAAAGCUUCGUGUAACUUGGGACGACAAACACGAAUCGUUGUAUUAUCCCGAUUUCCUGUAUCAAUUCGACUACACGAGGUGGAUCAACAGUCGUAGAUUGAAGCCGAAGCUAUGGGCUGGCGAAUCUGUCAAGGAUAUGGUGGCCGAGGUUCCAAUGGAUGAGUUUUUGAACACAGAAGGCGGCGCCAAGAAAGUGUUCCAGUCUCUUCUGGACUAUGGGAUCGCUUUGAUAACAGGUGCGGAGCCCACCUUAGAAGGGACGGAGCCAGUAUGCAAAGCCUUGGGAGGAAUCCAGAACACAUUUUUUGGGGGCAUGUGGGAGUUCUCCACGACAGCAUUCCACGCUGAUACCGCGUACACUAACUUGCAUUUGGAUCUCCACCAUGACAGCACCUACUUUACUGAGUCAACUGGUCUUCAAAUCCUGCACUGUUUCGAACACGUGGACGGAAUUGGUGGUGAGACCAUCUUGACAGAUGGAUUCUAUGGAGCAACCCGUCUGAAAGAAGACCAUCCAGAAGAUUUCGAAUUCCUAACUAAAUUCAACGUUGAAGGAGAGUUUGUGGAAAAAGAACACAACUAUAGACACUCUGCACCAGUUAUUAGAAUCGACACCGAUACUCAGGAUCUGGUACAAAUUAGAUACAACGUAUUCGACCGAACGGCAAUGGCGUUCGAGGACGGUGAAAAAUGUAGGGCUUACUAUCGCUCCCUGAGGAACUUGGGCCGCUACUUUCAAGACCCGCGCAAUCAGUGGCAAUUCAAGCUGAAACCAGGGACGGUUUUGGCGAUGGAUAACUUUAGAGUGUUGCACGGCAGAACUGCGUUCACAGGAAAAAGGACGCUCGGAGGCACCUACGUGUCUAGGUCCGAUUGGCUCGACAGGGCCCGCACCCUCGGACUCAUCAAUUAAAUGUUGCAACAUCAUCAGCCUAUUUAUUACCAACUGCAGUUGCACGACCCUCUCUAAUUUGCCGGUUACCAGAGGCAAAUAGAGGAUUUGGUCUUUACUUCCCAUAUUAUUGUUUAGAAAACUUUAGUUAGUUCCUGUUCUUUUGUUUAAAAAGCUUUAGUUAGUUCCUGAAUCUCUGUUUAAAAAGCUUUUUUUAGUUCUUAAAAAUUA